CAGAAAAAAUAGCUCAGGAAAACCGGCAAUGGAAGAUACCUUCGUCAGAAUCCAAAUUCCACAGCAAAAGGUUUAUGACGGAAUUCAAUUCCCUUCCGUUGUGUCUCCCACUUCUUCCUCGUCUCUGUCCCGUCUCACUCACUCCAUCCACUUCCACAAGCAGUUCCUGGAAUCUCUGCUUCUUGAAUCGGGUGCCGUACUUCUCAGAGGCCUCCCAGUGAACACAGCCUCCGAUUUCAAUGAAGUUGUCGAAGCAUUUGGCUAUGAGGAGCUUCCCUACCUGGGUGGCAAUGCUCCUCGGCGUAACGUCGUGGGUCGGGUUUACACUGCCAACGAAGCACCGCCUGAUCAGAAGAUUCACUUCCACCAUGAAAUGGCUCAGCUACCUGCGUUCCCUUCAAAGUUGUUUUUCUUCUGCGAUGUGCUGCCUGCUAGUGGAGGUGAAACUCCAAUUGUUCCCAGCCAUAUUGUGUACGAGAAGAUGAAGGAGAGGCACCCAGAAUUUGUUGAACAACUGGAGAAGCAUGGUUUGAUAUACAUAAGGGUUUUAGGGGAAGAAGACAACCCUUCAUCUCCAAUUGGGCGUGGCUGGAAAUCCACCUUCUUGACCCAAGACAAGAUCGUAGCUGAAAAAAGGGCGGCGAGAUUAGGAAUGAAGCUGGAAUGGUUGGAAGAUGGAGGAGUAAAGACAAUAAUGGGUCCAAUCGCAGGUAUAAAGCAAGACGAGGCAAGACAACGUAAGAUUUGGUUCAACAGCUUGGUGGCUGCAUACACAGGUUGGAAAGAUGAACGAAAUGAUCCUGCCAAUGCUGUCACGUUCGGAGAUGGCAAACCAUUGCCAGGUGAUGUCGUCCAUGACUGUCUCAGAAUCUUGGAGGAUGAAUCUGUGGCCGUUCCUUGGCAAAAGGGCGAUGUUCUGUUGAUUGAUAAUCUGGCCGUCCUUCAUUCUCGAAACACAUAUAAACCACCUCGCCGCGUUCUUGCUUCUCUUGCUAAGUAAUAAUCCUGAAGCUGUUUCUGAUUUGGCUGCGUCUAUGAAUGAUGGGGACUCCAUAAUUUAGGAAUGUGAUUUGGGUGCCUUUAUAUUGCCUCUCUUGGUUGUUGAAUGAAAUUGUUGGGCAAGUAAAACCAAGACUGGUAGUUGAAACAAUCGUUCAAGUUCAUGGAAGGAAAUUCUAUGUUUUUUUAGAAGAAA